AAUUUUAUCUUGGACAGUUUGUGAAUCACAAACAACAGAUGUACAUUUGUGAUUUUUGACUUUUGAUGAGGGGGAGGAUACUUUUGGAUAACUGAAACUUCAAGAAGUCGAGAUGGAUAAUGGUGAAGAUAAUCAGGAUGGUCAAAAUGAGGAGCCAUCACCAUUUGUCCCUGAUCUGGGUCUGCCCAGCGAUGAGUCUGUGAACCAUGGUCAAGGUAACGGCGGCGGCGCGGUGGGCGGUGCCGUCGGCGGCGGCGGAGAGGCGCCGCUGUCGUUCCGCCGGUUCUUGGAGCCGCCCGGCGGCGGCGCGGCGCGUCCGUACGUGGCCGCCGGUCUCCCGGAGCUCGUACAGGCCCUCCCCGAUCACCUGGCGCCCUCGGCGGAGGCCGGCGCGGCGCGGGAGCCGCGCGACUGGCAGUCCCCCGCCGCCGCCGCUACAGGCACGCGCAGGAAGGUACCAUCGUCCUCAGCAGCAGCUGCUGCGGGCGGCGCGGCGGCCGUGCCGCCCGGCCAGCCGCUGGGUCUGCCCGAUUUCCUGUCCGACGGUCCGAUGGGCACGCUGCACGCGGCCGGCGCCGCUGAGGGACCUCACCGGGACGUGGUCGGCGCCGGUGCCGGUGGGGCCAGGCUGAGGCCAGCGGUGGGACAUGCAGAGGGAUCACAGCAGCGGAUACAGAGGCUGGAACUGGAGAACGCCGGUCUGAGACGGGACGUGGAGCGACUACAGCAGCAGCUGCAGCACGAGCGAACACGGACGAGCGUGCUGCAGGCUCAGCUAGACAGCACAGCAGCAGCGGCGGCAGUACCACCCCCAGCGUCACCUGAAGGCGAGGGACGACUGCAGGAGGAGGUGCGCUCGCUGCGCGCGCAGAACGCCGAGCUGCGCCGCCGCGCCGGCGCCGUGCCCUCCGCCCAGCAGGCGGCCGCUCAGAUGGAGCAGGCGGCCGCCAGCGCUGAGCAGCUGAUUAGCCAGCUGACGUCCGGUGUGCGGAGUCUGCGCUCCCUCUCGGCCAGUCUGGGAGGCGCGGCGGCAGCGGAGGAGGUCCGGCCCGACCCGCUGCCCGACCUGGGCCGACCCCCGUCCGGUGAGCCGCCCUGCUGACCUGACCGGGCGGCGCGGGGUCACCCCGAGUGACCGGCACUCUUCCAGUGAGGUGUGUGGAACCGUACCAAAUAACGCCAGUUACCGCCGGGUAGGUAGUCGCAGAGGAGCGGGGAACACAGCCGGGCCCGUGUUUGUGCUUGGAGCUGCAUUUGGGACCCAGGUGGCGUGCCGUGUUAUCCCAGAAACGGCUGGUCGCUGCGGUGCUGAAAUCGCUGUCCCGUGGGGCAAUACCGGCGCGACCAAGCACCGAUUUACACCAAAAACCAGGCAGGACGACCGAGUGCAACAUGGUUAUGUCGCUUCCUGAACACCUGCGUCGCACACUGCAUAAUAUCCAAACAUGGUGUUCGGUUGACGAUGCUGUGGGCACCAGAGACAUGGCUGGUUGCCAUGGAAACCACCGCGAGUACGUGAAUAGCUUUGCGUUUCACUGCGGUUGGUGUCCUGACGGGGCAUAAUAUCUGCAUAGACUGCAGACCUGGGCCAGGGGAGGUUUUAUCUUGCCAACGGGGUGCUUCGUGCUGUGGGGCCGCACGCCAACCGGCUGAGUGUAUUAGAGCUGGCAUUUUAUCGCCGUCACGGGACCGUGGCUUGGCUGGUCUGUGGCACGGCUGGCUCGCGUGAAAUAUGUGAGAUUGAGGAGGAAAGUGGGCGCUCUCAGAUGGUGGCGAGAUCUGCAGCUUUCUUGCAGGGUGCUGCGGAGUCGGUAUGUCGUGUAUUCAGGAGCGUUCUAUUCACCGAACGGGUUAUGAUUGGAAUGUGUGGAUUGCAGUUCCGGGAUACACAAGUGAUUUGAUGACAUUUUCGCUCACUGAUUCGCUUACAUGUAACGAAGCAAUAACUCCAUGGCUUGCAACGUUUAACAUCGUUUUUCUUUCGGAUUUAAAUGAACAUGAUCAGUCAUUCGUAAUCUUAUUUAUUUUUCCGUUUUUUUUUUUUGUCAACUUGUGAGUGAAAAAUGUUGCCUGCAUAGCUCUGAUCAUUUUACGGUUCUGUCUAGUAUUUCAUUGAUUCGACAAAAGGCUGCUAGCGCGUUAUAGGUAAACGCUCUACGAGUCUCGAUUUAUCCCGGAACUUACAUGCAAAUGUCAAAACUGGUUUACUGCGUAGCUUACCAUGUGUGUCAAGUGCGCUGUACGCGUGUGACCGCUUGCAAGUUAUGCAUGUCGCUGCUGUGUGUGCUGACGUCGUGCUUGGCAUUGAUUUAUGUGUAUCAUAUGAUAAACCGUUUAUCAGCGCUACGUAUUGCCGCAUUUAACCAUGGGAACGUGUCUCGUUUGCAGUAUGCUCGCUAGGCUGUCGGAAUCGGUCGCCGAAAAGCGAGUUAUUUUUCGUGUGCAACAUGUAUGUUUUAUUAUUCUGACCCGACUAUAGCUAAUCGCUAUGGUCACCGCCAGCCGAUGGGCUGGGGGAUUCUGAGCUUUGCGUAGCCAACGUGUCUGCCAUCAGGAAUGAUAUCUAGUUAUGGCCAGUGCGCUGCCGUGUGAGGCGACCGGCCGCGCUCCGUUUGUGUGUGGCGGUGUGUCGCUGGGUACGUGCCUCGGACGGUCGGACUACCCACGGGUCACCGGGAAGACGGCGGUCCUGGCGGGGUGUCCGCCCGACUUGUGCGAGUGGCAGUUGUCUCGCAGUGAUGGCUGUAUGUGCGGGGCGUGUGCCGAGAGAGGAACCUUGGCGUCAAGGUAUAACGCAGCUUAUGUGGAAAUAUAAGUAACAUUUUUCA